CAAACCGAAACCAACAUGCUGUUGUCCUUGUCUUUCUGUGCCAAUGUUCGUGUCUUUGUUGCCUUUUGAAAGAACAUCAAGCAAAAAGCACGACUUUCCUUUUUGCUCGCAGUGGCUUCCAUGUGGAGGCUUUGAGACACCUACCUGGGGAUUUGUGGGAUCAGAUCAGAUGCUCAUCCUUCAUCUUGGUGGUGCUGAACUCGCGCUUUGCACACUAAUAUUGACGGCCAUGGCUCAGGUGGCCAUUCAGGAGGAUGGAGAGAAAACCACAGCGCUCAAAGAUUUGCUGUCAAGAAUUGACUUGGAUGAACUCAUGAAGAAAGAUGAACCCCCUUUCACUUUCCCCAAAACCCUGGAAGAGUUUGAAUACACCUUCAAUGAGAACGGACAGCUACGGCACAUAAAGACACGAGAACCUUUUAUGUUCAACAUAAGAGAAGAUCUCCACCGCUGGAACCAGAAACGUUAUGAAGCUCUCGGCGAGGUCAUUACACAGCAUGUUUAUGAGCUGCUGGAGACAAAAUGCAACAUGACUAAAGCAAUCUUACCACUCGACGCCACAAUGGAUGAGCCUUCUUCUUUCAUCUACCUAAGCCCCGAUGCCUUGUCCAACCCUUCCAAGCUACUGGUGCUGAUCCAGGGCAGCGGUGUGGUGCGAGCCGGUCAGUGGGCUCGAAGACUUAUCAUCAACCAGGACUUGAACUCAGGAACUCAGAUCCCCUUCAUCACCAGAGCCAUGGAGGAGGGCUACAGUGUGAUGGUACUCAACCCCAACGAGAACUUCCUGGAGGUGGAGAAACCACCCAAGUCCUCUCCGACCGAGCCGUCGGAGGAACCCGUUGAAAAGAAGGAACGUAGAGAUGACAGAGAGGGCAAGAAGAGGAAAGAAUUUUACGAGAAGUACCGCAACCCACAGAAGGAGACGGAGACGGAGCAGAUCCCUAUACGGGAAAACAGUUCCUCUGAGGAACACGUGUUGUACGUGUGGGAUCACUUUGUGUCCAAAGCUGCAGCCAAGAAUGUUUUCAUCGUGGCCCACAGCUAUGGAGGGUUGUCCUUCGUCGAACUGAUGAAUCACAGGGAAAAUGAAGUGAGGAACAAAGUGUGUGCGGUGGCUCUGACGGACUCGGCUCACAACCUCUGGCUACAGGAGACAAGUAAAAGUACACAAGACUGGAUGCAGGAGCACUGUUGUAACUGGGUAUCAAGUCCAGAGCCCCUGGACACUCCUCUGGACUCCAUGCUGCCAGACUGCCCACGCGUCUCUGCAGGCACUGAAAGACAUGAGUUGACCUCCUGGAUGAGUUUCGACUCCAUCUUCAGGUUCUUCGGCGAGGUCCUGAAGGUGAAAGAGGACGAGGAGGAGAUGUCCACCAACAUCGUCAGCACACGCAGCAGCGCCCUCAAAAGCAAACAUCAGGAUUUGUAAAAAAAAAAAAAGAAAAGUAAAAUAAUCUCCUUCCCCCCUUUAAGAGUCUUGGGUCAGCAUGUAAACGCACCAAUCACGUCAAGAUGGCUGCAAAAUGUGCGGACGUGAUUGUGCUGUGCUACCAAACGGGUGCCGAACACAGUGCCUUGUGGUACGCCUUUUCUGACUGUUAGCAUGGACUUUUUUCAUUUUCACUUCCAAUAUAUGCACGACCAUACUUUUUUUUAAAGAUUUUAAUGACUCUUUCAACUUUAAAGGCCUACUGAAAUGAGAUUUUCUUAUUUAAACGGGGAUAUCAGGUCCAUUCUAUGUGUCAUACUUGAUCAUUUCGCGAUAUUGCCAUAUUUUUGCUGAAAGGAUUUAGUAGAGAACAUCGACGAUAAAGUUCGCAACUUUUGGUGCUGAUAUAAAAAUGAUGACGUCACAAGGGUGAGGGCUCCUCAUGUCCUCACAUUGUUUUUAAUGGGAGCCUCCAUCAGCAAGAGCUAUUCGGACCGAGAAAACAACAAUUUGCCCAAUAAUUUGAGCAAGGAUGAAAGAUUCGUGGAUGAUGAUAUUGAUAGCGAAGGACUAGAAAAAAAAAAUGAUAACAAAAUAAAAUCAAAAGCGACGGCUCCGCAGUGUGAGCGUUUCAGAUGUAAUUAGACACAUUUACUAGGAUAAUUCUGGAAUAUCCCUUAUCUCCUUAUUGUUUUAAUAGUGUUUUAGUGAGAUUUUAAAGACAUACCUCGAGGUCGGAUGGCUGCGGUGAACACGCCAGUGUCUCAGAGAGAAGCCGAGGAGCCAAGCUCACAGCUGCCUUUUAAACAGCUAAUGCAGGAGGACGAAUAAUCCAAUGAUGUCUCCGGUAAGAUAUAUAUCACAAUUUUCCCAUCCAAAAACAUGCUGGUUGACAUAGAGAAACAUGUUCGCUUGACCGCUCUGUGUUAAAAACAAAGAAACACCGGCUGUGUCUCGGUGCUAAAGGCAGCUGCAAUACACCGCUUUCCACCAACAGCAUCGUUCUUUAUAGUCUCCAUUAUUAAUUGAACAAUUUGCAAAAGAUUCAUCAACACAGAUGUCCAGAAUACUGUUUAAUUGCGCGAUGAAAAGAGACGACUUUUAGCCGCUAGUAGUGUUGCGCUAUUAUUUCCUGACAGUAAGUGACGUCACGCGCACGAGUCAUCAUUCCGUGACGCUUUCAACAAGAAUCUUCGCGGGAAAUUCAAAAAAAUUGCAAUUUAGUAAACUAAACCGGCCGUAUUGGCAUGUGUUGCAAUGUUAAUAUUUCAUCAUUGAUAUAUAAACUAUCAGACUGCGUGGUGGGUAGUAGUGGGUUUCAGUACGCCUUUAAAACUUAUUUACCGAGAUACAUGUCGCACAGCUGUGCAUUCCUCUCCUCUCCAUAUCUCGGACGAUUCAAGCGAUGCGCUCGGAAUCUUUUCUGGCGAGCGUAUUUGAAAUCACUUAAAAAUGAAGCAUCAAAUGGAUUUUAGUGAUAUUUUGUUAAAACAGGAGCCACAAGGCAGCUUAAUGGAUGACGCGCGUCAGGAAAUGCAAGAUCUGGAUAUUAUUCUAAGCCUGAAUGAUGUCGGAGAAAAGUACAUUUGUUCUUAGAUGUGACAACGCCGCGCUCAGCCGCACGUAAUCUGACUAUGUGACACCAACACAAUAUUUUUUUACUAUUUUAAACCAAUCAAGGCUUAACAGAAGACAUUUCACAAGUGUCUCGACGUUAGCCAUGGCUAAAUCUUACCAUACCUCCUUUUUAAAUGUGGACUCCCCUUCUUCUGAUCGUCAUUAUUGUUUAACUUUUAACUGUGAAAUCCUCUUUCUCCCUCCCGUGUGUGUGUGUGUGUGUGUGUGUGUGUGUGUGUUCAUGCUUUUGAGGAUUAUCUCCAUGCUGUAAUGAGACAAGUGUGGCUGAUGGUUGCAAGGCCUAAUUUCCUUUUAAUUUGAUUCCCAUCUCUCUUGCUUUCAGUAAAAUAAAAAAAAGAUAAAUAAAAUAAAACGAGUCCUGCAUAUUAUUUGAUUUGAUAUGAAUUUGCUUUCCAGAUACCGUUGCUCAUUUUUGUGGCUUUUCACGGAAAAUGUGCUCAUUCUUCUACCAUUUUAUCAUUUGUACAUUGUUGCCUUGAGGGAACAAACAAGGCUUUUUUUUUUUCUUUAAAUAAACCAAUGAUGAAAAAAUGCAAAGCCUGAUAAUAAAUGAAAUUAUUUUUUUCAGCCAAUUUUCACAUGAACAUAUUUGUGUGUGCAAUAGGAGGAAAAAUACCUGCUUACACUGUCAUCAUUCAGGUAUUUUAUGAAACUUCCUUAAUUGUGGUAUAAAAGCUACUGUAAAGUAUUUUUUAAAAUGUGUGUAUAUACUUUAUGACAAAGUUGAAGAAUACGAACAAAUCAAAUGCAAAUAAACUGUUUUAUACCUCA